GUAACGGUAUCGCGAUACGGCAAUAACAUCAACAAUAGAAGAAUCAAAAUUGUAAAAAACCGCGUGUGGAAAUGUUCUAAAGCUUGCCGUUGAGUUUUUCUACCGUUGCUGCUGCUGCGUGUUCGAGUGUGUAUGUAUGUGUAUGCGUGUUUGAUAGUGCGUGCGUGCGUGCGUGUGUUAAGCUCACGGCAGUGUUAACACAUUUUUUUUUUGUACUUUUUAUGUGUUCUUGACCAAAAUACCGUGGAUUAAGAAAAGCAUUUGAAAGUGAAAGUAUAGACCAAUAAUAAAAAUCAACUCCCUAUGGAAGUGCUAAAGAAAGAUGCCACUAUUGGCUCACCCAGCAGCGUCUUCUAUCUUCUGUUGCUGCCUACGCUGAUACUGUGGUACAUCUAUUGGCGCCUUUCGCGUGCUCAUCUCUACAAACUGGCCGCCAAACUACCGGGUCCGCGAGGAUUACCCAUUGUGGGUCAUCUGUUUGACGUUAUAGGACCUGCAUCGUCUGUUUUCAAAACAGUCAUACGUAAAAGUGCACGUUUUGAGCAUAUAGCCAAAAUGUGGAUUGGCCCCAAGCUGGUGGUUUUCAUCUAUGACCCGCGAGAUGUGGAAUUGUUGCUUAGCAGCCACGUGUAUAUUGACAAGGCAUCGGAGUAUAAAUUUUUUAAGCCCUGGCUAGGCGAUGGCUUGCUGAUUAGCACAGGUCAAAAAUGGCGUUCGCAUCGCAAACUAAUCGCGCCCACAUUCCAUUUGAAUGUCUUAAAGAGUUUCAUUGAAUUGUUCAACGAGAACUCGCGCAAUGUGGUGCGGAAGCUUCGUGCGGAGGAUGGACGCACUUUUGAUUGUCAUGAUUACAUGAGUGAGGCAACUGUAGAGAUUCUAUUGGAGACCGCCAUGGGCGUAUCGAAGGAGACCCAAGACAAAUCGGGCUUUGAAUAUGCGAUGGCUGUGAUGCGCAUGUGCGACAUAUUGCAUGCGAGACAUCGCAGUAUCUUCCUACGCAACGAGUUUAUCUUCACACUGACACGAUACUAUAAGGAGCAAGGUCGUCUGCUGAACAUUAUACAUGGCUUAACUACCAAGGUCAUUCGCAGCAAGAAAGCAGCCUUUGAGCAAGGAGCACGGGGCUCAUUGGCGCACAGUGAAUUAAAAGCAGCUGCCCUGGAAUCGGGAGCGAUGGCAGGAACAGCAUUGCCAGCCGACGAUCAGGAGGGUAGCAGCGUUGCAGGCCUUUCGUAUGGGCAGUCAGCGGGGCUGAAGGAUGAUCUUGAUGUGGAAGACAACGAUAUUGGUGAGAAGAAACGAUUGGCGUUUUUAGAUUUAAUGCUGGAAAGUGCACAGAACGGCGCUGUAAUUACUGAUACGGAGAUCAAGGAGCAGGUGGACACCAUCAUGUUUGAGGGUCAUGACACAACAGCUGCGGGUUCUUCAUUUUUCUUGUCGCUGAUGGGAAUUCACCAAGAUAUACAGGAUCGUGUGAUUGCUGAGCUAGACGGCAUUUUUGGGGACUCCCAGCGACCGGCCACCUUUCAGGACACUCUGGAAAUGAAAUACUUGGAACGCUGUCUGAUGGAGACCCUACGUAUGUUUCCUCCGGUACCUUUGAUAGCACGCGAGCUACAAGAGGACUUAAAAUUGGCAUCAGGAAAUUAUGUUAUACCACGGGGUGCGACCGUAACGGUGGCUACCAUUAAACUGCAUCGCAAUCCGAAGGUCUACACUAACCCCAAUGUUUUUGAUCCCGACAAUUUUCUGCCUGAGCGUCAGGCGAAUCGUCAUUAUUACGCGUUUGUGCCAUUCUCUGCAGGACCGCGGAGUUGUGUGGGUCGCAAGUACGCCAUGCUGAAGCUGAAGAUUCUUUUGUCGACCAUUUUGCGAAAUUAUCGUGUGUAUUCGGAUCUCAGCGAGGCCGAUUUUAAGCUGCAAGCGGACAUUAUACUAAAACGGGAGGAGGGCUUUCGCGUUCGUCUGCAGCCGCGCCAGUUGGUGACGGGAAGAUCGAGCAAGGCGACGGCGCAGGACACAACUUCAUCAUAAAAUAUGCAUACAAACUAUAUUUUCGCAAGUGAUAGUCCCGGUCUAUAAAUAUAAUAAAUAAAAUCUCACACAUAUACCCCAUA